AUGUUCAACUUUGCUCGUGCCCGGCCUCUCACCAGCGCUCUCCGAGCUGCUGCUGAGACUCCCUUGAAGCGCUCCGCAGUCCAGCAGCGGAGAUGGCUCGCCAUCCACGAAUACCGGUCCGCGGCGCUGCUUGAGUCGUACGGCAUUGGUGUUCCCAAGGGCGGCGUGGCUACCAACGCAGCGGAGGCGGAACAAAUCGCAAAGGACAUUGGCGGAGAGGAUGUUGUCAUCAAGGCCCAGGUUCUUGCUGGAGGCCGAGGAAAGGGUACCUUUGACAAUGGCUUCAAGGGCGGAGUCAGAGUCGUCUACUCGCCGCGCGAAGCAUCUAUCCUGGCCGACCAGAUGAUCGGCCACAAGCUCAUCACCAAGCAAACUGGAGCCGCUGGCCGUCUCUGCAACUCUGUCUUCAUUGUCGACCGCAAGUUUGCCCGCCGCGAAUUCUACCUUGCCAUUCUCAUGGACCGCGCCUCACAGGGACCUGUCAUCGUCGCUUCGUCGCAAGGUGGCAUGGACAUUGAGGCUGUCGCAAAGGAGCACCCCGAGGCCAUUAUCACCACCCCCAUUGACAUCCAUGUUGGCGUUACGGACGACAUGGCGCGCAACAUUGCCACCGAACUUGGCUUCUCAGAGCAGUGCAUCGAGGAUGCCAAGGACACCAUCCAGAAGCUGUACCGCGUUUUCAUGGAGAAGGAUGCCACUCAAAUCGAGAUCAAUCCCCUGUCUGAAACUACCGACCACCAGGUCCUCGCCAUGGACGCCAAGCUCAACUUCGACGACAACGCCGAUUUCCGCCAGAAGGAAGUUUUCUCGUGGAGAGACGUCACCCAGGAAGACGCCGAUGAGGUCAAGGCCGCAAAGGUCGGUCUCAACUUCAUCAAGCUAGACGGUGACAUUGGCUGCCUGGUUAACGGCGCCGGUCUCGCCAUGGCCACCAUGGACAUCAUCAAGCUCAACGGCGGCGCGCCCGCCAACUUCCUCGACGUCGGAGGCGGCGCCACACCCGAGGCCAUCAGGCAGGCCUUUGACCUCAUCACCAGCGACCCCAAGGUUACCGCCAUCUUCGUCAACAUCUUUGGCGGUAUCGUGCGCUGUGACGCCAUCGCCAAGGGCCUGAUUCAAGUUGUGCAGGAAAUGAACCUCAAGACGCCCGUGAUUGCGAGGUUGCAGGGUACAAAUAUGGAGCAGGCGCAUAAACUGCUCAACGACUCGGGUCUCAAAAUCUUCUCCAUUGAUGAUCUCCAGGCUGCGGCGGAGAAAUCCGUCCAGUUCUCCAAGGUGGUCAAGAUGGCGAGGGACAUUGAUGUUGGGGUCGAGUUUACACUGGGGAUUUAA